AAUUCUUUCUUCCUAAACCCUCCUCUGUCGCAAACCUUGCUCCCUCCCUCUCUUUCUACUGCAAACAUUAAGUUCUACCAUCAACGCCGAUAUCAUUAUUCCUGGUUAUUGCUUUGAAGUGACUUGAGUAAAAACAAUGGCGGAUGUGGUACAAUACAAGAUGGAGCGAAUGCUCCCUGAACUAGACGACCUUGAACGUCGCGGCUUAUUCAGCCGCCAUGAAAUAGCAGAAAUAGUUAAACAGCGACGUAAAUUCGAGUACAGGCUAAAGAGACCUAGUCCGUUAAAGCAGGAUUUUGUUGCUUAUAUUGAUUAUGAGAAAAGCCUAGAUGCUCUUCGACUUCUACGUAAGAAAGCUCAGAUGAAGAAAACGGGCGAUAGGAAGGUGAAGAAAUCGGUUUCGGAUUAUGCUGGAGUUUCUAGGAUUAUUGAGAUUUAUCGGCUUGCGACUAGUAGGUUUAAGGGAGACAUAGAGCUUUGGUUUCAGUAUUUGGAGUUCUGUAGGGAGCGAAGGAAUGGUCGAAUGAAGAAGGCCCUGGCGCAGGCAAUUAGGUUUCACCCUAAGGUGCCUGGAGUUUGGAUAUAUGCUGCAGCUUGGGAAUUUGACAACAACUUAAAUGCUGCUGCUGCUCGUGCCCUGAUGCAUAGUGGCUUGAGAGCAUGUCCAACUUCUGAGGAUCUGUGGGUAGAAUAUCUACGGAUGGAGCUUACAUACCUAAAUAAAUUAAAGGCUCGCAAAGUCGUGCUGGGAGAAGAUGAGGGAACACUGGCUCGUUCUGGUAAAAAUGCUAAAGAUGAACAGUGGAGAGAUGAGAACAAGGAGUUAUUUAUGGCCCUUGAUGAUAAAAGAGAGGAUGGCAAAUUAUCUAACCUUCACGAAGGAGACCCGAAGGAAAAAGUAGAUUUAUUUAGGGAACAAGGUUUAAGUGUUCUUCGGACAGUUUACAGUGGUUCUAUUAAAGCCCUCCCUUCCAGUUUCAGUUUAAGAACACGGUUUCUUGAGAUACUUGCAGCAACAGAUUUAGCUCAUUCAGAAGAUAUGCGAAAUGAGAUACUUGCUGAUAUGAAACGGGACUUUUCAGAAGAACCAAAAUAUUGGGAUUGGCUUGCAAGACAGGAAGUGAUUGAUCUUAGUAAUCCAGAGAGUACCGAAGCAAUGACAGCUGAUCAGUUAAGCACAGCAAUUCAGGUUUAUGAGGAGGGUUUAAAGUUUGUGCCUUCAGCCUCAAUGUUUGAUUGUUAUGUGAAGUUCUUGAUGGAUGUCAUUCAUUUUAGAAAUCAGAGCAGUCAAUCUUCUGAGCACUUCGGUGCAUCUAGUCAUGCUAUAGAUCCUACUUCGCAUCUCCUGGUAGUAUUUGAAAAGGCUGAAACCAUGGGGUGCAUCACAGAGGAUCUUGCUUGUCAGCAUGUUUCUUUUCUAUUGCAACUUGGGAAAGUAGAUGAAGCUAAGACUUUGGCGGAGAAAUUGUGUUCUGGAAAAUUUUCAGAAGCAGUGCAGCUAUGGGCUUUACGGCUGUCAGUGGAAAUGAGACUUAUCCAGAAGAGCUGCACUCCAAAUAAGGCAGCUCUGUCUUCUGUCUUUGAACUCAUGAGAAAUGUUUUAGUGAAAGUUCCCGUAUCAGAGGCAGAAACUAUAUGGCUUAUGGCGUUCAAAUAUUUCUCCACUCAUAAACAGUUGUUUGACAAGUUAGUCGAGACUUCUAUGACUUUACUGGCCAAAGAUGGUGGAAGUGAUGAUGGAUUUUCCCUCUCUUCUGCCAUCGUCAAUUUUGUACUGCAAAGGGAUGGACUUGGGAGUGCUAGAGAGUUAUAUAAGAGAUUUCUUGCUUUACCGCAUCCAGGACUUUCUUUAUAUAGAAAUUGCAUUGAGCUGGAAUUGAACCUUGCAUCUAGUGGAGAUAAGAUUAGUCUCGGAAAUGCCCGGAAAUUGUAUGAUACUGCGCUUACAACUUAUGAUCAAGAUACUGGAUUGUGGCGAGACUAUUAUCAUAUGGAAGUUCAGAUGGGAACAUCAGAAACUGCAGCAGCCGUUCACUGGCGAGCACGGAAAACACUCAAGACGAAUAUUUCCCUUCUACCCUCACAGUGAGGGCCUCACUGGAUAUGUGAUCAAUCUCUGAAUGUAUGGAUGUAAUCAAAUUUGACUUGGGAAUACUUUGGGCAAGUAACAUAACCAAAGUUCUCUCCCGAGGGCUGGCUAAUGUGAGUUCCUAGACGGUGCACCGUUCAUAGAUCAUUGAGCUGUGAUUAUUGAAUAGCCCAUCUUGAUCUACAUCACAACUUGGCAGUUUUGGUUCUCUUUCAAUACUUGUGAUCUUAGCGUGCUGAGCCACCACCAAAGGAACCUAACUAUAUCUUUGGCAAGACCUUGCAGCAACUGUGGUAAAAAGCUUGAAGGAGAGCUCGAAUGUCGUUUACGUUUCAAUUCUUUUCCCCCUCAUGUUACUUGCGCGCCGAGAUUUUGUAGACAAAUACCUUUGGCUUUGUGUCAAGCAGACAUUACCGUACCAUUUUUUUUAAUCAAGAAAGCCUUUGUUAACAGGACCUGAAGAUAUAUAUCUUGCUGAGUUUUGUUGUG